AUGUCCAGUUCAAAUAUUACAAUAUUUCUCACUGCAUAUGGACCACCAGGACCACUGAAUUAUGGAGUUUUCUUUGUUAUUCUUGUGCUUUACCUUGCCACAGUAUUUUCAAACUUAACUUUAAUGCUGGUCAUCUUGUUUGAUCCAAGUCUCCAUAAGCCGAUGUACAUAUUUCUGUUCAACCUGGCAAUUGAUGGACUGAUUGGGAGUUCUGCCGUUUGUCCUAAAAUUAUGCAACAUCUUCUUGAGGAUAUGAAAACCAUCUCCCUUACAAACUGCAUACUACAGCUUUUUUUUGUACAUGUAUAUGGAACUUGUGCAUAUGCCAUACUAACAGUUAUGGCAUAUGACAGAUAUGUUUGCAUUUGUAAGCCAUUACAGUAUCAUAUUAUCAUGACUCCAACUAAAGUCCGGCUUCUCCUUGGCUUAAUGUACAUUUUCAUUUUGUGUUCUUUAGCUGUGCAGGGUUAUCUCAACUCAAGGCUGUCAAUAUGCAAAUUUACAAUUAAUAAGCUUUUCUGUGUGAGUUUGGCUGUUGCCAAUCUAGCUUGUGUGAAAACUGCUCUUGACAACCUGUAUGACUUAUGGCUGCUUUUGGUUUUUUCUGUUCUCCCUCCAUUCUUAGUGGUACUGUCAUACAUCAAAAUUUUAAUUGUAAGCAUCAAAGCAUCAGAGAGUGCUCAGAAGAAAGCACUAAACACAUGUGUUCCUCAUUUGAUAACUUUUAUCAAUUUCUCCUCUGCAAUCCUUUCUUCUGUUGUAUACAGUAGUUUCAAUUACUCAUUCUCUAAUGAGGUAAGCAUAUUUAUGUCGAUACAUUUCAUUCUGAUUCCCCCUCUUCUAAAUCCACUCAUAUAUGGCAUAAGAACUCAGGAGAUUAAAAGAAGUAUUGCCAAAAUCCUGAAAAGAAAGGUUUUUGCACUGGAUUUUAUGAGAGGCACCCAAAUAAUUCACAAAUGA